AUGGUGGACCAAGGUGUCUUGUACAAAUGCCUGAGCUGCCAUGAAGAUUUGAUACAGGACCUUGGCACCUAUGAGCUGGUGUCCAGGAACCAAGCCACUGACCCAGGUGGCUUGAUGGAAAUCAUUGCCUUGUUGGAGUCCUUGGUCAAGGUCUCUGCCACCUUCGAAGUGCAUUCAGGUCCACUCAGGACCUGUUUGCUGACCUUGGCCAAGGACAAGCCAAGCUUAAACACUUCAAAAUUCAAUGGGCAGGUCUGGGCCAACAUCAAGACUGAAAGGCUUGUGGUGGUCAUGGCUCACUGCAGAAGGCUAAAAAAUGAUGCUGAGAUGAGGAAAGCUGCUGCCAAGCUUAAAUCUGUAGACUACCAAAGGCUGCAGAAUCUGGUUGACAAAAUCAGAGACAAAGAUGAGCAGGAAGAGCCUGAAAGAAUGAGGGAUGACAUGUCCCUGGACUCAGAGGGAUACCCCAAUGAACUGAAAACAUCACCAGCCAAAAAAACCUUGACAAAAGGUAAGAGGUCUGCUGAAGAAUUGGAAGAUGAAGAGCACUUGCCAAAAGUGAACACUUCCUUCUUCAGGAAAAAGAUAGGGUCCAGGGCAGCCAAAUCCUCCAAGGCCUGGGGCCAAGAAGAUGAGGAUGAAGGCUUGGCAAAAGCCAUUGGCUUGCCAAAGGCCUUGCCAAAAGGACAAGCAAAGAAGAGGCCAGCAGCAACUCUGAAGAAACCCUUGACAAAAGGGACUGCAAAAAUGAGGAAACCAGCUGCAUCCUGCAGCUCAGGAAAGUCACCUGCAGGGGUGCAGGCAGAAGUGAAGCCCAAAGGCCAAAAGUGGCAUAAGUUGAAGGUGACAUAUGCAAAGAAACCUGAAAGGGCAUACAUCACUGCACAGUCUGCACCCAAGGAAAAAUUCAGGCCAACUGGCAGUGGCACCACCUCCCAUGCCAGAAGGGCAAGGAUCCAGGCAGCUGCCCAAGAAAGGGACAGGCUAGCUGCCCUGGGGGACAGUGCUGCUUUGGCUGACAAAGCCAAGAAGGAAGCACAGAAAGCUGCUUCUAUGAAGAAGCAGGCUGAAGAGGCUGCUGAGCAGGCAGCAAGGACAGCUGCCCAGGCAGCUGAAGCAGCUGCAGCUGCCAGCCAAGCAGCUGGAUGGGUGGAAGUUGGGCCAUCCAGGAAAAAGCCCAGGAAAAAAUCAAGCCAACAGAGCAGUGAUGAUGGAAUGAGUGUGGACUGGGGCAACAGUAGCUCCAGUGCCAGUGCCAGCUCUGGCACACCAUCACCUGGCAGCCCUGACCCCUUGACAAAAGGGGAUGAUGGCAAAAAGGGCUUGCCAAAAAAGCAGCCACCCAAGAGGGUUGCAGUGGACUGGCACAAGGUCCUGGUGCAUAACAACCUGUAUGACCUCACAGCCACCCCAUGGCUGCAGAAGCUCAAGGAUGCAGGGUAUGAAGUGCACCUGUUGAGCUACUGUGGCUGGAAGAGAAGCCAUGAGGUGUAUGACUGGGCCUGGUUUGAAUGGAAUGGCUGGGCCUCUGUCAGCUUCACCUGGAAGCAAUGUGGCAAGGAAGGGAAAGCCCAGUGGUGCCUGGACAAUGGGGUAAGCAAGCUGGUGGAUGACAAUGCUGACAUUUGUUCUGAAGCCAUUCAGUUUGGCAUCCAGGCUUACCCCAUUGUGCCUGCUGGUCAGAGAAGGAAAAAGGGGCAGCCUAAGCUCCAAAGCUGCUUCUCUGACUUUGCAGCUGCAGCCAUUGGCAUCCUCAAGGAGGAAAACCCUUGA